AUGUAUAAAAAUGGAACCGAGGGCGGCGGAACAAAUGAAAGCGGUUCCUUAAAAGGUCGGCUAAGUGAGGUACCCUUCGAUUCGACACCUAAAAUUGUUGUGCCUGACACACCGACAAAGUCAAUGGAAAGUCCAUCAAUUGGCGAUAAUACAUCUCUCAAUGAUGAUCUGGCCAGUAUUGCGGGUAGCCGACUACCAAACUCUUCCCGGAUGAGUAUUGAUUCAUAUUCUUUGAGGCCUAGUUUCGAGUCUUCUGUAGCCGGAAGGCAUAAUAGAUCCUUCGGAUUCGAUAAUGAAAAUCAUAGUGGGUCAGUGGAAUAUUCUCCCCUAGGAAAUAACUCCAUUUUUGAGAUUGUUAUGAAUACCAGAAGAAAAAAUUGGUUGUCGUAUCCAACCGUAAAUGAUAUUCCACCAGUUGUACUUUCAAGUAACUCACUUGAUUCUUCCUGGAAGACUGUAGUUCACAAGUACGUCAAUGAUAUCAAGUAUGAAUCGUCAGUAUACGAAAGUACGAAUAAUUUAAAGAGCAUGACAAGAAUGGAACAGCUAAAACAGCUAGAGAGAUAUGAUAGUACUGCAUUGGACUCUGCAAAUGGUGAGUCUAAUUCAGAAAACGAUCCAGAUCUUGAAGUUAAGGAAGGUAUCAAAGAAUUAGAAGAAGUCCCGUCUUUUUACUUCGAAAAAGAUUUUCAAUUAGAUAAUGCUCGUACGUUUCACCGAGUUCUAGAGGAAAUAGAUUUGCAUUUAAACAAAUUUACAUUAGAAGAUCAGACUCAGAGGGAAGAGGCAUAUGUGGAGUUUAAGGAGAAAUUAAAUUAUUAUCUAGAUGCUGUGGAAGGGCUCUUAGUAGGGGAAAUAUCAAAAUCGUCGCAUAAAUUUUUCCAUGCAUUACGGGAUGUUGACUCAAUACAGCAGAAAGCUAAAUGUACAGUAAGUGAAAUUGAUCGAUUAUCCAAAACCAUUGAAUAUAUAGAUAGUGAGAAAAUCCAGAAGAGGGUUGCGAACUUGCGAAAAAUUUUCAAGAGAAAGAGUUUGCAACGAUUGGAGCAGGGAUUGUUGCAAGUGAAGCAGGUUUUGAUAAGGACUGAAGAGUGUAAGAUUUUGUAUGAAAAUGAAAAGUAUGAUGAAUGUCUGGACCUUAUUCACUCCAUCGACUGCUUGAUUAAGGGUGACGAUUCCAAAGAUGAAACGCUUCAAAGUUGGGUGAGUGACUGGCCAUAUAAGCUUAUUGAGCUGAAAUCCGUACCCGCCCUAACAGAAACAAGAGAAUAUUUGACUAACAUGAGAAUUGAGAUUGGCGGUAAAUAUUCGCUCAAAUUUUGUGAAAUAUUAUUGAGAGACCUACGACAUUAUUGUUCUUCGGUGACUGCAAAUGAGACGCUAAGCAGAUUACAAAAUAUGACAAGAGAAAAAAAGUUUUUAGAACUAGAUUCCGAACUUAUAUCUUCUGUCGCUUCAUUGAUACAUCAGCUUUGUAGGUGUGAUGAACUUGCGAGCUCCUUCAAUUUAUAUCAAGACAAGUUCACAGCCGAAGUUAAAUCAAUAAUAAAAAAGUAUCUACCUCAGGAACGUAAUCAAGCUAGCUCAGAUAGUCAAUUCUCAGUUGGGUCAUCGCAGCCAACUGGUAGUAGUGGCUCGAAAAUUUCACGAUUGAUCAAGGAGCAGACCCCAGCAGAGUUUCAAGGGAUGUUGGUCAACACUUUUACGAAUUCCAGUGAAGUAUUAAGAAGAUUAUAUAGGCACCAAAAACUGUUGCUGGACGUGUCACUUAAUGAAAUUACCAUUAAUGGACAAGGUAGUCCUUUGUCUAGCGAACACGACAUGAUAUCACAACUCGAUAUUCGCACCGAAAUUAACGAGGCCAUUAGGAUUAUUCAACUUCGCAUGGGUAAGAUCAUUGCUGUUAGGAGGGAUCUAACGUCUUCGUUGAGGUUUGAUCAUUUUUUGAAACUGUACUCAAUAUGCGUCCUUUUCAUUCAGGAAUGUGAAGCAAUAAGUGGUGAGUUCCUAACCAAAUACCUCAGCGAUAUAUUAGCGGGGCAGAUAAAAAACUACAACAUAUCGCAGAGAAAUAGAAAAAUCAAAAACAUACAGAAGAAGCUCGAAUGCGAGAAAUGGAUGCCGUCCAUUGUUCAUUCAUCGGUCCAGAAAGAUGUCAAUGAUAUUGUAUCCAGCAUGGAUUUAGAUCCCUUGGACUGGAUCAAGUACUCCGAUCUGAUAACUCGAGAAACAGAUGAAGAGCCGGUAAAAGACCAUACGAAAGUUGAAAGUAAGACUGAAGGCGAACAAAACGAACAAAACGAAAAUAACGAAAAUAAUGUUACUAGCGGCGACGUUAGUAACGGUGAUAGGGCCAAUUUAGGUCACAGAAAAUCGGUUGUCGUUGGCGAUAAAACUUUUGUCGCGAGCGAUUCGCUACUCUCUACUAUUGGUGUCAUAAAGGAAACUCUCAUUCUGUCAACCAACUUACCCGUCAUGUACCUUUCGGAUUUUGAGAAAAUGGCAUAUGAUAUCCUCAAGAAUUUCAACGAUUUUGCAAUGGCAACGGCGACACAAAAUGGAAGACCCCUAUCAAAGUCUGGCAAAAAUCUCUCCAUCAUGGGCGAAUCGCUCGAUUGUCUGGCGGAAUUUGUACUGAUUGUUCAAAAAUUCUACCGAAGACUGUCAAGCUUCAGCAGAGACUUUGUCCUGCUGGAUCAAACCAGCUAUACACUGCUUUCCCAGCAAUACCAAUCCUCUACGGAGAGCAUAUAUCUCGCAAACGCACCACCGCCGCCCGUAUAA